CCCAAAUUCCGAUUAAAACAUCAAUUAAUAUUUUAUAGUACAUUUUAAAAUUAUUCCUCGUAACACUAUUUAUUAAAAAAUAUAAAAUAUUUUUUUCUAACACUAUAAUUAAUUUGAAAUAAUAUGUAAUGUUUUAAAAUGAAUUGUAAAAUAUGGUAAUAAAUUUCGUAAUUUCUAAUUCCGGUUUAGAAUUCCACAAAUCUAAUAAAAAAUCUCCACAUCCAAAACUCAAUCUUCUUCAAGAACACUUACAUUUUAACAAUAUUGAGGAGGAUAGAAAUGGAUCUGACUAUCGUCCUGAUCUAGUUCAUUUUUGUUUAUUAUCACUUCAAGAUUCGAUUUUGAACAAAGAGGGGAAGAUUCAGGUGUACUUGGAGACUCUUCAGGGCCACGUUUUCAAGGUUUCAAAUUCCUUUAGGGUCCCUAGAGCAUUUAAGGUGUUCAACAAAGUUUUCUCUACUUUUUUACACAGCAAGUCCAAAGACCUAAGAACUGAGUCUGGUGACAUUUUGAUAGAGUCUGUUGUCAAUUUGGACCAAUUAAUUCCAGACUCUUCCAUCAAAAUCGCAAUUGACAACAGAUGCCCAGUUUUAGAUAUUAGGGCUGUUCUAUCCCAAUUAACUGUUGAUUUUGACCGCUGUUGGUUCUUUUUCUCAUCCUCCCAAAAUCGCAAUCUUUCUAACAUCACUCUCUCAAAUAAUGUAGAAAUUAAAGCUAUACAUAAGGAACUACUCGAAAGGGAUGAUCUAACCACUAGCACAUACCCCAAUAAACUGCAAUCCUUAGAAGAUAAAUAUUUUAAAUCAGUCAACAAUUUAGAUCCAUCAAACCAUUCCAAUUCAGUAAAUAUUGUGAAUGGAGUGGAUAGUAAAUUUGAUUAUUGUUUAUCAAUUAGAGAUUAUAACAUGAGUUGUCUUUCAAAUUGUUAUACUCUCGUUUGCACACUAGAACACCUUCUCAAUUAUUAAUAUAAUACACACAUU